GUAUAACUCUGUUUUCAUCGGACGGUCGUUCAGUUCUUCUUACAAUACGUAGCCAAACGGAUUAAAAUGAAAAUAUAUCUGGCGUUUUUCGCGUUGGUUCUGGCAUCACAAUGUUGUCCGAUUACGAACAAUCCGCAAGACCCCAGGAGGAAAUCAUUCAAUGAUGCAGAGCAACAGUGUGCCGAAUAUUUGUUCAUUAGUCGAGAAACACUUCAGCGAUAUCGAAAGUUCAACUAUCCGGAUGAACCGAGCGUUCACAAGCUGCUCAACUGUAUCGAAAUCGAGCUGAAUGCCUGGGAUGAAGAUCUUCAGCAGAUAAAGGAUUACGUGUUCAGCCAGUUUUUCGUACCGAAUACAGUCGAUUGCUUAUACAAGCAGCACACGCAACAAUGCUUGACACGAAAUACAGCGAAUCUUGACAAGAGUGAUCGUCUCCGCCAAGCUUAUCAUUCGUUCCAGUGUUACAACCACCACUACGGUGGCAUCAGUGUUGAGCGUAAAUGGGUGCCAUUACAUUUUAGUGAAGUUGUCCAAGGCCUCUACGAUUGCAUGCACAUCGUUCCUCAUACAAACCAAUCACUUUUGGACUACUGCCAAGGACGGAUUUUGACCAACCCAGAUUAUCCCAAAUUGGGAUAUUGUUUCUUCGGAAAAUCCGGUUUCUAUAACAGAAAUACUGGAAUGGACUUGGAAAAGCUUUAUAUCCAGUUCGGAGACGAUCACCUAAUAAAUGAUGACACUAGAAAAUGCGUUGCCGGUGUGAUCGAUCAGUACUGCAAGGAACCGGACCGGUUUGGGCACAUUGUGCUUGAUUGUUUGAUCAAGUACCUUCCAGCGGGUCGUGACAUUGGGACGGCCGCCAGCAAUGCUUUGGGUAAUCCUCCCGAGUGUGCAGUGACGCCUCAGCCGUGAAUCAACGCACCAUGUCAAUAGGAUAUUUCGAAACACCGCCGUCAGUGGUACAAAUUAUGUAUAUCACUUGUCAAAUAAAUGAACCGUUUGUUUGAGAAACUGCA